UCAUCUUGAUGUCACCAUGCUGUUUUUCUGUGUGCUGUUGAGCAGUGUAGCCUUAUCCCAGAGUCUGAGAAAAAAACAUGCAGACUGCAAUGACCAUGUUUCUCUACAGUGCAUGGCUGUUCAGGGGAAUAGGAAUUACCGCUCCGUCACAUGGUAUAAGCUCAAUAACCGGACUGGCAUAAUACGGAAAAGUGAUAAUAAAACAACAAAGUUCAAGUACAACCGCACUGUUACCUUUGGAGCAAAUGACAGUCUGGCCCUUCCCUCAGUCAGGCCUGAAGAUGGAGGAAUCUACCAGUGUUUAAUCAGGGUAAACAUAGGAGAUCAAAACAGACAGUCAGAUAUCCAACUGACUGUAUCAGAUUGCGUGACUCCAGUUUAUUUGACUACAACAGUGACAUUCAAAGGCAACAUCAACAGUUCAAGCCCGCACUGGCCCCCCCCGCAUGUGGGGGAGGUAUCCUUCCUCUGGAGUGUCACAGGGUUCUUAGUGGUGUACCUGGUCAAACUCUCUCUCUGUCUCAUCUUCAUCUGGGUUUCUAAAGCCAUCAAGAGAAAGCUACUCAAACAAAAACAGCAGAGAUGGCAAAGAUGAUUUGAACUGUAUAUUAUUAACAUUCAUACAAGAAAGUGGGUUGAUGAAAUGGAUCAUAUGAAGACUGCUUUUACAAUGAGACUGUAUUUAACAAUGUUCUGUCAAAUCUAUUUUGGGCUACUCUAUGUGAAUACCAUUCUUGACUCAUCUCUAACAGUGUCAGCCACAGUGACCUUUACACACACAGAAAAAAAAUGUCAAAUUGAAACUCUGUUUCUUCCUUUCUAUAUUUUUCCAUUAAUAGAGAAAGUCAUUGACUCUUUGGCCAAUAUUAUUUUAUUUGUAUAUAUAUAUACAUGUAUUUCUUUUUUUUUCUUCCCAAAAAGUGCGUUCAUUCUGCCAAUAAUUUGCUGGAUGCCGGUGUGUUGUUGUGAUUGCUUUCCACCUAUUCAUGAUCAGUUUGAUCCUGAUGAGGUAUGAAUGACCUGCGUUUCUUGGAGCCCCUGCUGAUCAUGUCCUGUUGCUCUACCUUCUUAUGCUCAGACAGUGGUGUGUGUGUGUGUGUGCGUGCGUGCGUGAGCAUGAUAGUGUGAGAUGUUAUAUAAAAUGGUAUGUGUUUAAAGAGUUUUAAUUUCAAAUUCUGAUGACUUCUCAUGGACUUUUGUUGGUUAGCCUUGUUGCUCUGCCAAAAGUAUUGCCUACCAAAGCACUGCGAUAAAGAUAUAUACUUAACCAUGUAUUUGAUCUUAUUUCUCGUAUUUUUCUAUAUUGUACUGCAGUUUUGGGAUGAUGAGAAUACAUGCUAUUUAAAUGGUAAACUGAUAAAAAGGUUGACCAAUCUUGGUGAUUCAUGGCUCUCAUGAUUCCAUAUGUCUCAAAAACAGUCUAAAUUACCAAAAAGAAAAACACUUUGUCAAGGUGGUAUGAAGUUCACAUUUGAUUCCUCCAAGAGUAGAAAUGAAAGCAAGAACAUAAAUCAAGAUAUGGUACAACAUACAUUUCAUUUUCACAUACAUUUAGUCAUUUAGUCAUUUAGCAGACGCCCUUAUCCAGAGCGACCAGUUAAUCCAGGAAUCGAACCGGCAACCUUCUGAUUAAUAGCCUGAUUCCCUAACCGCUCAGCAAUCUGACCCCCAUGUACAAUGCAACAGGGGAUCAACAUGACUUUUUAUUUGAAAGCUGUACUAAGGUGGCACUAAUUUAUAGAGUUUAUAGGUGUCAUAGUUUUGAGAGAUUAAACAUGUGGUGUUAAUAAUUCAUAAUAAAUGGCUUU